AUGAAAGUGCGCGAGUGGAUUCACACGAUGAUUUUGGCGGGGAACGAGUUCUUGAAGUCGCGACCGAACUAUCAGAUGUCUGGCUCGCUGAACAUUCUGCUGAAUCUUCAAGCGGUUCUCUACAAUCUCGCCGAGCCGAUCAUGAACAAAAAGCGCUUCCCCGAUCCUCGCUACUUGUUCAGCACCGAUCCCUUGGUCAAUUCCGAUCGCAUCAAUCACGACGUCGACUGCAGCGUCUGCACCGAGAACCCGCAGACUCUCCGCUUCGACACGCUCUGCGUCUGGUAUUACAUCGCAAUCUUCCGCCGCGCCUUCUGCGGCCUGCAGAACUUCCGAGAAGGCAUUCUUCGAAACCUGUCGCACUAUCUGCCGCACGGGUAUCGCGAUAUCCCCAAUGUGAAUCCCGCGAAUUUCGUUGUGCGCGAAGUGGAGUUCCUUGUAAAACCAGGAUUUCUUGGUUCGCUGGCUCAAAUUUACGGCAAAUGGGAAUCAUAUCGUGGAAUAUGUCCCGAUUUUUGUCAUCGAGGAUGUGUUGGCGAUUCUGAAAACCUUCGAGACGUUUUUUCUUCUUUUCUCUGCCUCAUUCAAAGCAUUUCCUUCCCUGACACGAUCUUCAUUCCCUCCCACAUGGACUCGAUUCUCCGCCUUCUCAUCCGCUGUCUUAGCUACCAAUCUCCCCAGAUCGGAAGUUUCCUCAACGUGCACAUGCGAGCUGACGUCACGAAAGUAUAUUUUUCUCUGUUCUCCCCUUCCUUUCAGACCAUUUCGCUGCUCUACGUUCCGGUUCAAUCGAACAACCGCCUUCUCUCGCGGCAAGUCAUGCACGCGUCCGAGUCGCUUCUCAGCAACAACGCGCUGGUCUCCGAGCUGCUGCAUCUCCUCGUGCGGCAAUUCAGCGAGGUGGAGGGCGUGGGCAUGGAGUCGACACAGUAUCGCCAGUACAUCAUCCAGAUCAUUCGACUGCUGUGGAACGACUCGCGCUGCUCGCAGACCGUCAUCGACAUGAAGAACGAGCCGGAGGUCAUUCAGCUGUUCGUCCAGACGCUCAUUUCCUCCUUCUCCAAGCUCACCGACGACGCCUUCGCCGCCAUUCCGGAGAUCAAAAGUCUCCAAUCGCUCAUGCUGCAGCCCGACUUCGCUUCGCUGGACCCCAAAGAACGCGACGAGAAGCAGCUUCGCCUCACGCAGCUCGAGCGAAACGUCCGCUUCUCGUUCGAUCUGACCACCGACACGCUGCUGCUUCUCCUCGACGCGGCAGAGCCGUGGGGCGUCGGGCUUGGAGAGACUGGUGAUCGAUAG